CAUAAUUCGCAGUGCACCCGUGAAAAUGAAGGAUCUCCUAAGGUGUUUACCCCUGUUGAUAGUGUCAUGUGCGACGUCGUACCCCAUUUCGCAGCCCGUCUACCCUAACAACCAAUACAUCAGUGCCCAGGCUGUGCCCUCCGUAACUUACAGGCAACCGUCAGCCCCAGGGUACGACCCCCGGGUGCAGUCCCAGUACGCGAGACAACCCGUGGCGACUCAUCCUGUGUACGAGACGAGGCAGAGGGAAGGGUUGCAGAACUAUGCUUCCUACUCGUCGCCGCAGCAACCCAUUCAGCAGGUGCUGUUGACCACCGGCGUGGACAGACAGGUGCAGAAAGCGGCCCAAAUAGGCGGACCCAACUACCUCCAGCAGGUCCAGGCGACCCAGCUGGCUUCUCAGGCCCAAGAGGCCUUCGCCGCGGCCCAGAGAAAAGCCAGCUCGCAGACCUUCAACAACAGACCCAUACAACCCGCUCCUGUAGCGGUGGCGACCCAACAACAGCCCCAACAGUACGUCAGGGAGCAACCCCUUAGGUACAUCUCCAGACCGGUGACGGCGCAGUACAGGGUGCAGCAGCCCCAGCAGGACGCCAGGGAGAAGGAGAACGAGGAAGAUUACGACCCAAAUCCCUCCUACCAGUUUGGAUUUGACGUAAAGGACGAUCUUUACACCAACUACCAGAACAGGAAAGAGCAAAGGGAUGGGAAUAAAAUCACGGGAAGUUACUCGGUUGUGGAUUCGGAUGGGUUUAUUCGUACUGUGCAGUACACCGCCGAUCCAAAAGAAGGAUUUAAAGCUGAGGUGACUCGUCAGCCCACCGACAUCGUGGUUAAAAUCCCAAAGCCGGACCCUCAGUUCCAAAACAUCCAAAGGCCUCAACAACAGCGAUAUGUUCAGGAUGCUCCAAGGGGUCACCAGGACCAAAGACCAUCGAAUGCAAUAUAUCAGUACCAGUAAUAGCUUUAAUAAAUUUUUAUGAUAAAUACCCGAAGUGGUUACUAGGGAAAAAAAUGUCCACAAAUCACUGGAAAAUGUAAAGUUAGGUGUUAUAAUUUGUUGUACAAACUUGUAUAAUUCUGGUUAAGUUGUUGAUU